AUGUCCAUAUCCAGUCGUCCUCUGUCUGCUUGCGCCAACCAAAACCACCACCAUUUCGACACACGAAUGGGAAGAACUUUGGUGGAAUCCCUUCCUUCGCCCGUUGAUACCGAGUCCACCGGUCCAGGUUGCCCUCCGGCCUUCUUACUCAAGCUCACAAACGAUGACGAGCUCGUCUUUACCUUUACCUUCGUCGUACGCCAAAUACAUCAGGUGGUUCAGAAUGCUGCCGGCGCCCUCGAGACCCUCGGUCUGACCGAUACACAAAUCAAUGGUCUGACCUUUGUCUACGGCUCCACCCCCCGCGAGGUUGAGAACCUCCUUACACGCGAGUUCGAGGCCGACCCGAAUCUUCACAAGAACGCAAACGUCGAGCUAGUCGGUGUUUAUGCGACAGACGGCAGCCCCUCGGUAUCGUUUGAGUGGACGUGGAAAUGGAAGCCCCCCAAGCCCACAGAAGACAAGGGUGGCGGCUGGAGAAACUUCUGCAGCGUUUGUGUUUCCCCCAUUGGUGGUGCUCUCUGGACAACUGCUGAAACUCUGCUUAGUUCAAUUAACGAAUCUCAAGGUUACUCGCCAUGGCUUAGUCAGCCUAGUUCGCCCUCGCCUCCCCUUCUCAGCGUUCCCCCGAAAGGCAGAGCGGUCUCAGUGCAGACUUUGGGCCCUGGAAUCGACAGCACAUUGGAGCAGGAUGAAAUCUUCUUGGCAUCUCCGAAUCUACCCAUGAUUGAUCAAGGUCCUAGCCUUCUCCCGCCCGGUCUUCAAUCGCCCCAGCCGCCGCAAACCGUUAGAGAGCCCAUCAAGGUCGAUGUGCCAUGUCCGAGACCCGGCGAGGAUGUGUCGGUAUCUGACGACGGGCCCGUCUUCCGAGCCACGAUGAAGGCCCUGGAACAAAAGACGGGUAACAUGAGAAUGCAGAUGAAGCGACUUAUCAAGCGGGCCGAGCAAGUGUACGCCGCGCAAACGGAAGCCAACGACGCCUUUUUACAGUUUAUGGAAGCUUUGAGGGACGUCUCGUCGACAAACGCCAACGCCGUCCAGCCCGCCAUUGAACAUUACUUCGACAAGAUUGCCUGGGAAAUUUUGAGGUUCGAGCGACAAAACACCCAAAAUCUUCAAAAGAUCGUAAUCGACCCUAUGAAUAAGCUAUACCAGUUGGAUAUCAAGCAAGCUGAAGCCAAGAAGCGUGACUUUGAAGAGGAGAGUAAAGACUUUUACGCCUAUGUCAGUCGCUACUUGGGACAGCGACACGACUCUGUCAAGGCGAAACAGAGCGACUCGAAAUACCAAACCAAACGCAAAAACUUCGAACUUAAGCGCUUUGACUAUUCUUCCUUCAUGCAGGAUCUUUCUGGAGGCCGCAAAGAGCAGGAAAUUCUCUCCCAUCUCACAAAGUACGCGGACGCUCAAGCAAAGGCUUUUCUCACCACGGCCAAGAAGGUUGAGGGGCUCCUUCCACAGCUUGAGGCACUGUCAACAGAAGUUCAAGAGGCGGACAAGACGUAUCAGUAUCAACGACGGGAGAGAGAAGAGAAGAGAAGGCUGUUGGAGAAGGGCAACCUUGCUUAUGCCGAGCCAGAGCCUCCUUCUACAUCGUCCGGGCCUAGUCCUUCAACUGGCCAAAAUGGAACUGCGUCCUAUGGAGAGUCUGAGUUGGGUCGCGCUGACAGCACAGGAUCACAGCUUCGGUCGGCCAUCACACCAGGAAUAGCACAACCACCACAAACCGAUUUGUCCAGGUCGCCGGGGAGUCUUAUUGGGCUCCCACCUCCCCUGGGUAGCCCGCAACAAAAUACAAAGUUUCGGGGUAUUCGGGACCUGGAAGAAAAGGAUCCAAGCCAGUUGGCGGCGGACAAGAACAUGACACAAAGGAAAGAGGGACUUUUGUGGGCUCUUAACCGGCCUGGUGGGCAUGUUGAUCCCCGAGCUCUCAACAAACAAGGCUGGCACAAGUUUUGGAUUGUGCUUGACCAGGGCAAGCUUUCGGAAUACAGUAAUUGGAAGCAGAGACUAGACUUGCACAUGGAUCCGAUCGAUCUGCGCUUGGCGUCCGUACGAGAGGCUCGAAACGCCGAGCGUCGGUUCUGUUUUGAAGUUAUCACACCACAGUUCAAACGCGUAUAUCAAGCAACAUCGGAAGAAGAUAUGAAUAGCUGGAUUAUGGCUAUUAAUAACGCAUUACAAAGCGCGGUGGAAGGGCGCGGCCUGAAGGAUAUGAAGCCGCCACCAUCAUCUAUAGGACACUCGGAUUUUGACAGGCGAGACAUCGCUUCAGUAUUGACGGGCAAGAGCUCGUCCAUUAAUCACCACCAUCACCAUUUCCAUGGCCACAGCAACCAGAAUCUGAGCCCGAUCCCUUCUAGGAGGACGACUGUCGGUGCUCGCCCUAGCACAGCUCGUGCACCCAGCUUUGACGAAAGCCCAGAUCGGCUCCUCCAGAUGCUACGGGAGAACGACCAAGGCAACUCGUGGUGUGCAGACUGUGGCUCCAGCAACAAGGUCGAAUGGGUGUCACUCAACCUGGCGAUUAUUGUUUGCAUCGAGUGCAGUGGUAUUCACCGAUCUCUUGGCACGCAUAUCAGCAAAGUCCGGUCACUCACAUUGGACACCACAUCGUUUACACCGGACAUUAUUGAGCUCUUGAUGCUCGUUGGAAAUCGAGUGUCCAACAUGGUAUAUGAGGCACGCCUGGACCCUCAACAGAAGCUGGUACCACAAGCUUCGCGGGAGCAACGACUUCGGUUCAUCACGGCCAAGUAUGUCGACCGCGCAUUCGUCGAGCCAAUAUCCUCCACCUUGUCCCGGUAUCCAACUGCCGAAGAGACCCUCCUCGCAGCCAUCAAGAAGAACGAGAUCCAACAAGUAAUCUACGCCCUCGCGCUCAAAGCCAACCCCAAUAUAACGGACAAGUCUAGGGGUACACACGCCGUAUAUUUGGCCCUGGCCGCCGCCGACCCAGCCCCUCCUUCACCCAACCCCAUGACCCCCUCUCCCUCUCCAGGCACCCCUGGGUCCUCGACCACGGGACCCGAUAAACAGGUCCCAUUUCCUGUCGCCGAACUCCUGAUCCAGAACGGGGCCGAGAUCCCCGUCGCACCGCCCAUGUUUCCCCUCAGUCACGCCGCACAAACUUAUCUUGAAAUCAAGCGUGGCCGCCGCGCCCUCGUCGAGUCUAUCGGGACCUCGGCGGUAACAACAAGCUACGGUUCUUCGUACGAUGGCAUUAGCGCGCUUUCUUCGGCUUCGGGUGGCGGGUCUGGCGCUGCUAAUCUCGGCGAUAGUAAGCUGGCAAAGGAGAAGGAAGCAAGGCUGCAGAAGAGGGUGAGUGCGGGCGGAAGACUGGCCAAGACGCCCAUUCCGGAGCGGUAGAACGCGUUCGGACUGGGGUAUAGCAGGAUGGCAGUUCAUGGAAUCAAGGAUACGUUAAGAGCAGGCGCGAGGGGAAGAAGCGCCAGUGCAAGUUGGAACAACGGGGUUGAAAGCCCGUCGAUUAGAAAAAGGGGAAGUCUAAGAAGGAAAAUCAGUAAUGGGUUGAAUGGGAUGGGAUGGGGGUAUGAUGGGAGUGAUAGCAGCGGGGCUGGGGGUAGCGAGGAUGGUAAUAAUGAUGGGUCACAACUAGUAUCAACACCAAAGCGAAUCGGGAGCACGGGGAGUCUGGCUACUAUGGCGGAAAGGAGUUUGGCGGC